AUGAUAUAACAGAAAUUAUAACCAAGAGCAAAGAGUAUUCACAUGAAAGAAGCACAGAGUUCGAGAACAAAUAAUUUUAAAUCCUUACCAAAAUUAAUUGAAAAUAAUAAGACUUCCAGAUAUUCGGAACAUGUAUCGCCUUCCCCAAAACCAAAAUUUUAUAACCAUUGGUAUAUACCAUAUGAGAAACGAUUCAUGGAAUAAAAGGAAUAGAAAAACUUUCAUGAUGAAAUAAGAUCAAAUUAUGCUUAAAUGAAGGAAGAUCCUUUAUUUCUCUAUCAUAAUUUAAAUAGACCUCUAUCAAUUCAUUAAGACCCGUUUUCUAGACCAGAUAAAAAUCAAAUCUAAAAAUAAUAAAAAUAUGACAAGACCAAAAUAUUUUUAGAAAUGAAUAAGUCUAGUGGAGUGUUAAAAUUAUUCUUAGAAGAUCUUGUUUAAAAAAAAUAAAGAGUGCCAGCCUUUCUGCUCAGCGAACAGUUAAUUUUAUGA